GUCGGAAUCAAAAUGUUCUAACGUUGUACUUGGCUUCCAGUUUAAACCUACACGUAGGGGGGAUUUAUCAGACUUAUCGUGGGUGACAUAUGACAGUGAUAGCGAUGGGGAAAUCGCAGAAUUAAGGAUUAACCUUCACGCUACGUCGCGGUGUAAAUGCAACAAUUGCCGUCAAAUGAGCACUGAAAAUGAAUGUUUUUGCUGUCACGAACUGGAAUCAAGACAUAUAUAUAACCUACAAGGUGUGUACUUUUUAGCAGGAUAUACGAAACAUUAUAUGCUGAUUAUUAAGUUAUUAAAAAUAUAUUCUUUAGAAAUAAACUGUAUAGUCAAUCACGAAGAUUUUGACCCGAUUGUUUUAAGGAAAGGAAAUCUCUGGACUGCUUUGGUUGGAAUGUAUGAUAGAGAAUCGACAUAUCUUCCUCCAAGAAAUGACGUUCCCAAUAAAACAUAUUGCUAUGCUGCUUACCGACAGUUCACGUGGUGGGUUCACAACAGACUUGGCAAAUCUGUGCUAAGGGUCAUCCCGUCAUGUGCAGUGAAAAAAAUUCGUGAUGCUUAUCCAGAGCCUGAUGAGGUAUACACAGGAUAUAUGGAAGGGCAUGUAGUUCCUGAAAAUGAGUUAACAUGGGUUUUCCAUGAUGCCGAAAAUGUAUUUUAACUUAAUUAAAAAAAUAAAAAAAAAAAAAAAAUAAUAAGUACAAAUUACAUAAAAUAAAACGUAAAACAAAAUUAUGUCAUUCGUGAGUAUUUAAUUGAGUUUUCAAAAAUUUCCUCUCUACAGAGGGUCUUUCGGCAGGGAUAAUGAAGGCUCGUUUUCUUCCCGGACGGCAAUUACAGGUGCCUUUCACCUACCAAUUAUAUUUACCCAUAAAAUCACGUGACUUAGUCUUCUUUAGCAACAAGACAGCACAUUUUUUCCCUUUCCUUUUUCACCUCGCUAAUAAUCGCUCGUGGUUUGUUAUCAAUCACUAAUCAAUUCUGUUAAGCAUGGCCAACAAACAAAUCGAGAACGAAUUAUUUAGAGGUAACCCUUUCGUUAUAAACAGACCCUUCGUAAUGACUGACCGCUUACGCCAGGUCGGGUUGUUUUGAUUCUAUCAUGGAUCAAUUUCUCUACCCAAGCAGAAAGCGGUAUAAGAAACAAGGCCUGUGCGUCUGAUGAAGCCCUUGUUUCUUAGGUCAUCCCUUUACCCACACAACAUCCUUUCUCUACAUACGAUACUUCGAAUCCUCCACUGGAGAGUAGGGACACCCAAUCAAAAAACAUGUUUACAAUAUGAGAAAGAAAAUAUUUUUAAAGCUAAUUAGAAUUGUGAUAGCGGAACAACUUCUUAAUAAUUAAUUUCAUAUAGAAAUCUCACGUCGUCGUUUUUAAGCUGCAAGACAGUCUGUGGUUUUGGCUCUUGUGACGUCAGGAGGUAUCCUGAUGUUUUUUUCAAGAUUUUGAAGCGUGUUUUAAAUGCUGCAAUAAUGGCGGUCGAAGCUCAAGGUUUUAUGAAAACAUGGAAUAAGUAAAUCGUGUUUAUGCUUUUAUUUUGUAAGUAAAUCAUUAAAUAAUACUUUUUCUAUAAUGUUUUAAUGGUUUCUUUCAAUUAAGAUGAACUUGUUAUAACGUCGGAGGCAACCUUUAACAGGCUGAAACGCAGAUGAAAAUAAUGCAUGGGAUCAUGUCCUUUUAAUGAACAGAUAAGGAGAGAUUGAGCUUAGGAAUUUUGCUGACAUCAGCAAAGGCUAACCAAUGCACAAUAAUAUUUUUUACCCGUUAUAUCUAUCGUGUAGAUCUUGAAAUGUUGAUGAAGAAAAUGUAUAGAAUCGUGUGGUUUUAACAAAAAACGUAAUAUAAUCGCAGAAGGGGCAAGGGAAAAAGGGGGAAGGAACAACACCAAAUUUCAAAAAAUUUAAUCAAUCUUUUUCUAUUAUCACACACUUUCCCAUAAAACUGUUUGUACACUUUUUUAAAGUCUUUAAAGCACCAUAAGAAACACAACAUAUGUUACCUAAGAAAAAGUCGAACUUUUCUACAAAGAAAUGAGAAUAAAUUAAAAAACAUGAUGACAUUUUAAAUUCAUGACAUUUAAUAGAAUGUGUGAGACAUUCUCUCCAAUCUCAGUAAAAUGUGUGGAUUUUUUAUGGGAUUCUUU